AUGCUCAACUGUGCACUACGACUGAUGAAUGGUGAUAUCAUAGCACAUAUGGGUUUCUUCAUUCGUGAUUUACAUCGACAGAUUGAACAACUACACGAGGAACAAUAUGCUGGUACAACUGCUGCUAACACCUUCGCCGUUUAUCGUGGACAAGGUUUAUCUACAGGAGAUUUUGAACAAAUGAGCAAAAUUAAAGGUGGUCUUAUUUCAUUUAAUAAUUUUUUAUCUACUAGUACGGUUCGCAAAGUUUCACUGGGUUUUGCUCAAAAUGCUACAAUAAAUCCAGAUCAAAUUGGUAUACUUUUUAUCAUGAAGGUUAAUCCUGCCCAAUCGACAACACCAUUUGCUUCCAUUGCUGGUAUCAGUGACUUUGAAGGAGAAGAGGAAGUCUUAUUUUCCAUGCAUAGUAUUUUUCGUAUACAGGAUAUUAAACUGACGAGUGGAAAUGAUCGUUUAUAUGAAGUUAAUUUGACACUGACUGCUGACAACGAUCCAGAAUUGAGCAGACUUACAGAUUACAUUCGACAAGAGAGUUUUCCAGACGCAGAAGGAUGGUACAGAUUAGGUUUGGUAUUACGUAACAUAGGUGAAUUUGACAAAGCUGAAGACAUUUAUCAGGUUUUACUUGAUCAAACAAGGAAUGAUAGAGAAAAGGCAGCGAUUUAUGAUCAACUUGGUACGAUCAAAGCUAUGCAAGGAAAAUACCAAGAAGCACUUACACUCCAUGAAAAAUCACUUGCUAUCUAUCAAAAAGCUCUUCCUCCCAAUCAUCCUGAUUUGGCUUCUCCCUACAACAACAUUGGUAUAGUGCAUAGAAACAUGGGUAAUUAUCCAAAAGCACUCUCAUCCCAUGAAAAAGCCCUUGAAGUUCAACAACAAUCUCUUCCUCCCAACCAUCCUGAUUUGGCUUCUUCCUACAACAACAUUGGUGAAGUGCAUGACAGGAUGGGUAAAUAUCUAAAAGCACUUUCAUUUCAUGAAAAAGCCUUUGAAAUUCGACGACAAUCACUUCCUCCCGAUCAUCCUGAUUUGGCCCUUACCUACUACAACACGGGUUUGGUGCAUGAACACAUGAGUAAUUACUCAAAAGCCUGUACAUUUUAUGAACAUGCUAUACAAAUUGGAGAACAAUCAUUACCUUCAAAUCAUCCAGAACUUCAAAAGUAUAGAAAUAAUCUUGAACUUCUAAAAAACAAAUAA